GGAAUGUUUGCUACUUUCUGUCAUUUUUAUGAAAAAUACCGAGUUAACGUACGGUGAUUGUUUUGCACCGUGUUACUCCCACUACUAAUUUAUUUAAAUUUCAUUCUUUCUCUUUUUCUCUCUCAGCUCAGGACCAGUAUACUUUUGACGACACGGCUCUCAUUAGGCCACGCUGAUUUUUCAUCAUACGACGCUGCUGCUGCUGCUACGACGCUGCUGGUUUACCUAUACUCCACCAGCUUGGUAUAGGUUACGAAAUUAAAUUACUUUUGAAUGGUGAAAGUAAUCAGUUUUGCAACUUGUUGAAAAAAAGUUGGGUGUUGGAAUAAGAAAUUUAAGAAAAUUAUAAAGGUUAAACUGUGAAAAUGGAGAAUAAUACCAUGGACCUGUUUUGCGGCUCAACAUUUUGGGAUUUAAAUGUAACUUGGAAUACCACGGAUCCAGAUUUGACUCCGUGUUUUCAAAAUACUGUGCUGGUAUGGUCGCCAUGUAUUUUUCUCUGGACAUUUUCAUUGCUAGAGGCGUACUAUCUGAUAAACAGUAACCGAAAAAAUAUUCCUUAUACAUGGAAAUUUAUUUCAAAAGGUGUACUUACUGCUGCUCUAAUUGUACUUAGUAUUGUUGAUUUAUCAGUUGCAAUACAUAACAGUAAUUACACGACAGUUUUUAAUGUUGACUAUUAUACACCGUUUAUCAAGAUCAUUACUUUUGGAUUAGCAUUAUUAUUACUGCACUAUAAUCGAAAAUGCGGAAUGCGAACUUCUGGAUUGUUGUUUCUGUUUUGGUUUUUUUUAGCUAUAUGCGGUGCCGUACAAUUCAGAAGUAUUAUCAGGAAUUAUAAGGAUCAACCUGAGCUGCCUUACUCUUUUGGAUCAUACUUUGUAUAUUAUCCAAUAGUCUUGAUACUGUUUUUGCUCAAUUUUCUUGUGGAUGCAGAGCCAAAAUUUUCGCGAUACGGACAGGUAGACAGGCCAUGCCCGGAACAAUCUGCAUCAUAUCCGUCAAAAAUAUUGUUCGGAUGGUUUGAUUCCCUAGCGUGGAAGGGUUUCAAAAAGCCUUUGACUACCUCUGAUUUGUGGUCCAUGAAUCCGGAGGAUACAGCUUCGGAAAUUGUGCCAAAAUUCAAUAAAUACUGGACGAGAAAUUUAAAAAAAUGUGACAACAGUCAAGGUACGAAGGCGUCAUUUCGAAAAGCCUCCGGCCAAGUUGAUUUCAAUAGUACCCGCAAGAAAAAAGUAGCUUCUGUAAUUAUACCUCUGUACAGAAUAUUUGGUCCAACAUUUUUUUUCGGUGCGUUACUUAAACUGUCACAAGAUAUCAUGACAUUUAUCAGUCCUCAAGUUUUAGGAUUACUUAUAAAUUUUAUUAAUUCAAAGGAUGAAGCUCAAUGGAAAGGUUAUUUCUAUUCAGUUCUCCUUUUACUGACUGCGAUACUUCAAACAUUAGUCCUGUCACAGUACUUUAAUCGAAUGUUUAUCGUCGGCAUGCGAAUGCGCACUGCCCUUGUCGCGGCAAUUUAUCGUAAAGCUCUUAGAAUGUCUAAUACCGCACGUAAAGAGUCAACAGUUGGUGAAAUAGUCAAUUUGAUGUCUGUGGAUGCGCAAAGAUUCAUGGACUUGAUGCCCUACAUCAACAUGAUAUGGUCAGCACCACUGCAAAUUGGAUUUGCUUUAUACUUUCUGUGGUAUGAACUUAAAUAUGCUGUUUUUGCCGGUCUGGCUGUUAUGAUAUUCCUUAUUCCAAUCAAUGCUGUUAUUGCCAAUAAAGUAAAGACACUGCAGAUCCGACAAAUGAAAAGCAAAGACGAACGAGUUAAACUGAUGAAUGAAGUAUUAAAUGGCAUUAAAGUACUUAAAUUGUACGCUUGGGAGCCGUCGUUUGAGCAACAAAUUUUAAAAAUACGAAAUAAGGAAAUAAAAGUACUUAAAGAGGCGGCUUAUCUUAACGCUGGAACAAGUUUUGUAUGGUCUUGUGCUCCAUUUUUAGUUUCCUUUGUUUCAUUCGCGACGUUCGUCUACAUAAGUGACGACAACAUUUUAGAUAGCAAAACAGCUUUUGUUUCUUUAAGUUUAUUCAAUAUUCUUCGGUUUCCACUGUCCAUGUUGCCUAUGGUAAUAAGUAAUGUCGUACAAGCGAUGGUUUCUAUCAAGCGAAUAAAUUCAUACAUGAAUGGUGAAGAGUUGGACCCAAAUAAUGUUCAACAUGAUCAGUCGGAGUUACAUCCACUGAUAAUUGAAAAUGGAACUUUCGCGUGGGGCCCCGAGUCAUUGGAAAAACCUACGCUUAAAAAUAUUAAUAUGCAAGUCCAUCAUGGACAGUUGGUAGCUGUUGUAGGAACAGUUGGCUCAGGCAAGAGUUCACUGAUCUCAGCUUUCUUCGGAGAAAUGGAUCGAAUCAGCGGAAGAGUUAAUACUAAAGGAUCAAUAGCUUACGUCGCUCAGCAAGCAUGGAUUCAAAAUGCUACAUUGCAAGAUAAUAUUCUGUUUGGUAAGCCCCUGGAUAAAGCUCUCUACGCCAAGGUGAUUGAUGCAUGUGCUCUUGGUCUUGAUAUUAAAAUGCUACCUGCAGGAGAUCAAACGGAAAUUGGUGAGAAAGGAAUAAAUUUGUCUGGUGGUCAAAAACAAAGAGUUGCACUUGCUCGGGCAGUUUACACUGACUGCGAUGUUUACUUUCUGGAUGAUCCUCUCAGUGCUGUUGACUCACACGUCGGAAAGCAUAUUUUUGAGAACGUUGUGGGUCCCAAUGGUUUGCUAAAAAAGAAAACACGGGUACUUGUAACUCAUGGUAUCACUUAUUUGCCGGACGUUGAUAACAUUUUUGUGCUGAAAGAUGGAGAGAUUACGGAAAGUGGGACGUAUAAACAAUUGAUGGAAAAACGAGGUGCGUUUGCUGAUUUUCUUAUUCACCAUCUGCAAGAAGUUAAACCUGAAGAUGAAGCUGUACCCGAGUUGACAGAGAUAAAACAACAGCUUGAGUCAACUAUCGGAUCAGAAGAACUUCAACAGAAAUUGACGAAAGCAAGAUCUAGGCUAUCUAUGACUCAUAGUGAGUCUGGAUCUAUAGAUCAAAAAUCUUUGAAUGGUUCUUUACAUCGACAACAAUCGAUAGAUAGCCAAAAAUCUGUCAAUUUGAUGAGAAGUACCAGCAUUAAGGAAAAUUCACUUCCAAUUAAAGGAGAAAAAAUUAUCGAAGCUGAAAAAACAGAAACAGGAAGUGUAAAAUUACGUGUUUAUGCUCAUUACUUGAAAUCAAUUGGUUGGUUUUUAUCAGUGUCAACAAUAGUAAUGAACGCUGUAUUUCAAUCAUUCAGUAUUGGAUCGAAUAUCUGGGUCAGUAAAUGGUCUGAUGAUACCGAAAUGUUUGUCAAUGGAACACUUGAUAGAGUUAAAAGAGAUACGUAUGUCGGUGUAUACGGUGCGCUAGGUAUAGGUCAAGGUAUCUUAUCAAUCGUAAUAUCACUACUAUUUGCAAUAGGACCUAUUAGUGCAUCUGUAUUUAUAUUUCAAGGAUUAUUGACACAAGUGCUUCGCAAUCCUAUGUCAUUUUUUGAUAGCACACCGUCCGGUCGCCUAUUAAAUCGGUUUGGUAAAGAUACAGACGUUAUUGACAAUAUUAUACCAAUGAUUCUACGUACUUGGCUUAAUUGCGUACUCUCGGUUAUUGCUACACUUGUAGUAAUAAGUUACAGUACACCAAUAUUUAUAGCGAUCAUAGUACCCAUUGGUGUUCUCUAUUACUUUAUCCAACGUUUUUACGUUGCGACUUCACGUCAAUUGAAACGAUUAGAAUCCGUUUCUAGAUCACCAAUAUAUUCUCAUUUUGGAGAAUCUAUCACAGGUGCCCAAACAAUACGAGCAUUUAAUGUACAAGAAAGGUUCAUCUACGAAUCUGAACGUCGAGUUGAUUUUAAUCAAAUGUGUUACUUCCCAGGUAUUAUAAGUAACCGAUGGUUGGCAGUGAGAUUAGAAAUGGUCGGCAAUAUGAUAAUAUUUUUUGCGGCAAUAUUCUCAGUAGCUGGCCGAGAUUCUCUGAGUGCCGGUCUUGUGGGUUUGUCAGUAAGUUACGCACUUCAGAUAACGCAGACAUUAAACUGGCUUGUACGGAUGACAUCAGACGUCGAGACAAAUAUAGUGGCUGUGGAAAGGAUAAAAGAGUAUGGUGAAACGCCACAAGAAGCUCCAUGGGAAAUUCCCAGUACAGCCCCACCGAAAGAUUGGCCUUCAGAAGGCCGCGUCGAAUUCCGUGACUACAAAGUUCGUUAUCGAGAUGGCCUCGAUCUUGUACUCAACGGUCUCAGUUUCAGUGUCAACGGUGGAGAAAAAGUAGGAAUCGUCGGGCGAACUGGAGCUGGAAAAUCCUCGUUGACGUUGUCGUUGUUCAGAAUAAUUGAAGCCGCCGAAGGAAAAAUAUUCAUAGACGGGAUCGACAUAUCAGAACUUGGUCUCCAUGCUUUAAGAGCGAGGCUGACAAUUAUUCCUCAAGAUCCAGUCCUCUUCUCAGGCACUCUGCGUCUCAAUUUAGAUCCAUUUGAUAUACACACUGAUGAGCAGAUUUGGCAAGCACUUGAGCACGCUCACCUUAAAGCGUUUGCUAAAACUCUGCCUAAUGGUCUUAUGUACUUAGUAUCUGAGGGUGGUGAUAAUUUGAGUGUAGGCCAACGACAAUUGAUCUGUUUGGCAAGAGCGUUACUGAGAAAAACUAAAAUUCUUAUCCUCGAUGAGGCUACCGCUGCUGUAGAUUUAGAGACAGAUGAUCUUAUUCAGCGGACAAUACGAGAAGAAUUUAAAGAUUGUACAGUUCUUACGAUUGCUCAUAGGCUUAACACAAUCCUUGAUUCUGACAGGGUCAUUGUUCUAGAUAAGGGAGUAAUAACGGAGUUUGAUAAGCCUGAGAAUUUACUUCAAAAACCAACGAGCGCUUUUUACAGUAUGGCUAAGGAUUCUGGAAUAGUUGCGUAGUUUAACAAUUUAUAAUAAUUAAAAUUAUUUAAAUCUCAUUAUUUAUUUAAUUAAUUUUAUUUUUUAUAAAUUCAUGGUAAUUUUGAACUUAAAAGCGCACAGUGUAUUUCUUCACGGAAUUCGUGACAAAUUCCAUAUCUCACACAGCAAAUGAAGAAAACAAUUUUCUCAAAACAACUUGGCUCGCAACUUUCAAAAUACUAAAUCGAAAAUUGUGAUUAUAUUCAAUAAUUUAUAAUUAUAAUAUUUUUAACCUGAGCCAUUUAAAUUCAGUAAAUUCAAUCGCUACCAACUCAGUUAUUAUAUAAAAUACUGCCAGUUAACCAAUUGUUGUUUUAUGAUUUAAUUAUUAAGAUUUACAGAUUAUUUUCUUUGUUUAAUUUUUUUAUUAAUAUUAUUUUAAGUGUCUUUUAUUGCCGAAUGUGAAUGAUUUUAUAUUUAUUUGUCAUUUGUAUACUUAAUUUUGUUUAAAUAGGAGAUAAAUAUUAACAAAAUAUCACAAACUAAGAAUAGAUUUAUGUCAUAAAUUUUGUUACAUUUUGGUAUAGUGUAAAUUAUUAAAAUGCAC